CAGAGAUGGGAGGGUGCAGAACUGGGAGAGAAACAAAAAACGUGACUAGGCACCCAAAGCGUCGUGUUAUGCAACAUCUGACCUACUAACAUACAUUUUAGACAUUGAGAGAAGGGGAAAUAGAGAGAGGGAGGAAUUGGAGCUAACAUGACAUGAGCAAGGCACUAAAAACAAGAUCCACUGUGCUCCCUGCACUGAACGGAGAGCUGGACUUUUGCAAAUUGGCGGAUGGCUUUGGUUUCAGGAGUAUACGACAGCACGCACCACACGGAUUGGUGCCCACGGAAUUCUAUAAUAUAAACAACUGGUUUCUAAUCUUGGCCUCGAGGACAGACAAAACAGACGAGAUCGAGAUUCCCCAAGAGACUGAUGCACUGAGAUUCAGUGUCUCAAUCACGAGUUGGAAAGACCUGUAUCAGCACCCAAAGCUACAGUUGGAUAAAUGAGGGUGUCUAAUUCUGAGCUCUUCUUGAUCUUCUUGGCUAAUUUGGAGACUUGAGUUGCCUCUUGUCAGAACUGAGCUUCCAAUAAAUCGAUUGAGAUCUUCGAGGUGUGACGUCACCUUUAUCUCUGACCUGUUCAGCCUCCAGUUGAAACUGGCUACUACCAGACAAGAAUGGAAAAUCUUACUUCAGUCCUCAAAAACUCAGGAAGCCACCUCGAGACCUUCACCGGUUACGAAGAGUCUAUGCAAGGCACGUCGCCUCGCAUGGGCCGCGUCAUCAAACCCAAACCCAAUAUGAACUGCAGGCGGAAACGAGAGUUCAUUUCAGAUGAGAAGAAAGAUGCUUCCUAUUGGGAGAAACGACGCAAGAACAAUGAGGCGGCCAAGCGUUCCCGUGAGAAACGGCGCCUCAACGAUAUGGUUUUGGAGAACCGUGUCAUCGCGCUGAACGACGAAAACGUGAGGCUCAAGACGGAGCUGCUCCAGUUGAAGCUACGCUUUGGCCUUAUAAGCACCGCCUCGUACAUUGAGAAGAGUCAACAGAUUGAGGGAAGCAACAGCGCGGGGAACGGCGGUUCCUCUUCUUCAGCAUCUUCUCAGUACUACUCCAGCGGUUAUUCCAGUAGCUCUCAGGUGAUGAUGAACUCGGACUCCUCGGAAACUGAGCAGUCCGGGCGCAGCGAGGGCCACAGGCAGAUGGUGAAAUACUCACCACGUGGUUCCCUGUCUGACAUGUCUGACGGCUCGUCCAGAGACAGCCCAGACCCAAUUCCCUUCGAGAUCAAGCAAGAAGGUGACAGGCUGGAGAUGGAUAUUACCAACGGCACUACCACCCAGAUCAUGUUUAACAUCCAUCGAGGUCUGGCAUCCGUACCUACUCAUCACCAGCUCCAACAGCAUUCUCAAGAGAUGGAGGCCGCUUAUCAUAGCCAGCAGCAGCAUCUUCACCACCAACAACCCCAUCAGGAGCCUGUUCCCACUGUCAAUAAGCAGCUUGGCUCUCAACCACCUGCCGCCCAGAGGAGCGUCAUUCUCUUCUGUCCUGUCGACAGCUUGACACGGCCUCAAGAUCUCGAUGCGCAGAAGCAAGGUAAAGGUCAGGCAUGUGCCGGCCGAGCUCCCCAGUCUUUCGUGGAGAACUCCGCAGAACCUCUGGCUGAGGUGAUGAAACAACUUGAGAGGAAAACAUUAGACUCGCCUUUUUUUGAGCUCCCGGCCGGCCAUACUGAAGAAGGACAGAGACAAGUGUACAGAACUUGCCAGUCUCCCCAGCAGGAGCUUUGUUUGUCCAAAGAGUUUACCCACAAACAGAUGGAGGAAGUCAGUCAAUCCCAUCUGUAUCACCACCAGGCUCCUCCUUCAUACCAAGACGAGGAACCACCCGUUCUUAGCUUCGAGGGCGAGCUCCGGAAUGAUACUUAUUACCGAGGCCAAUCGAGUAAAGACACGUCAUCCAGCGAUAGCGAUCCAAGGAGCUCUGACAAAGAGGCCUCCACCGACGACGAUGAGUCUCCUUCCCCGUCCUGCUCGGACAACUAUCACAACCAACUUCUCAACAGCUUCCACGGGCCCGCCUCCCCGCAAGCCCAGAACUGCUCUCAGGCCCAUGGUCGGGAUCCGCAAGGCGAGGUGAAGACCACGGCGUUACCCCACAAACUCAGGCUUAAGCAUCGGGCCAUCAGCACCGGGGAGUCCCCGACGACACCGCCCUCUGCUACAUCACCCCUCCCUCAGCAUCCAUAUUUGUCCUUAUCACCGCAACAGAACAUUCAGAGAGAGAACCCAAUGGAGGCUUCAGACGGGGAAGGCGCGAGGAGACAUAACGGGAAAUAGAAGUUAGCAGAUUUCAACGUUGGUGGCAUUCUCCAGUGACGUGUAUAGUAAAGACAAUUUGGCCACCAUCCUGCCAUAAUGCCUUGGAUCACCCGAGUACAUGAAGCUGGCCUAUUUUACACCCCCCAAAAAAGUCACCCAAAAAGGCUGGACUUUGUGACUUGUGUAUCAUACUUGUAGAUAUUGUACAGUUUUGUCAUUUCUUACAUUCUCUCCAUACCAACAGAAGCACUUUUUUUUAAUGAAAUGAGAGGAGGAAUGGAACUGCGUGCUUUUUUUUUUUUCUUCGCUGCCAAUUCAUUUGACAUCAUAAAACAAAAACUCAUUUGGAUCCGAAAAAGAAUGUAAACAAAUCAAAUUUGCCGUAUAUCUGACUGCAGACAAGUUGUUGUAUGCCUUAAUUCAAACAUACUCUUGGGAUGUUCCCUAAGACCAAAGAAGCUCUAACGCCAUCCAAACUUAAAAAAUUCAAGUUCCAUACCUCUUCCCAGACCCUACCUCGUUGCUCCAUAUUCCCCUCCUUAGUCCACAAAAAAAAAAGAAAAAAAUCUGCAUCACCUUUAUUUUUGAAGCACUUGUUUUGUACAUUACUGUGAUAUAUGAAUAUAUGUAUCUAUUCUAAAUCUAUAUUUUACAAUAAAUUGAAUACAAACGCAGCACAAACGGAUUUUCGAAACGAGCAUCCUUUAAGGAAUCGGAAUGAAAUUAACUGUACACUUGCUGCAGGACCCGCUCAAAUCAAAAUGCCUCUCUCUUGAUUGUUAAGCUUUAGCAUGAAUCAUAUUUGAAUGAUCUGUUUACACAGAAAUGGCUGUCCACUUUGGAGAGCCAGCAGCACUGAAUGGAGAACAUUUUUGUUUUUCCUCAUUCAAAUGUUUGGAUUUCAUUACCAGCCUUUGAAAUAUGUGGUGGAUCUCACCAGCUGCAGGCUAUAAGCCCUUACUUUGUUUUAUUUGAGCUUUAUCAAUCAUAUCUGUUGUCACCAUUCACUGGCCCAAUGUAUUUAUUUCCCUCUUCUCCGCUUGCCCAACACUGUAUAAAAAGCCCACAUGAACAUAGACAAGAUCCAUUGCAGUCUGGAGUUUGAACUGCCAUUUGGGUUCAUUUCCAAUUGUUGACAUGAUGAAGAGAAAUUUGGUCUAAUCAAAAUGCCAUGUAGGAAAUUUGCAUGACCUUUAUGCCUCCAAUGUCCAGUUCUCAAUGUAGCGCUAUUUGCUAAGUAGCCUGCACUGGAUAAACAGAAGUAUAUGACCCAUGUUUGGCUUUUUGACACUUGUGUAUAAAUGUAAAGUUCCCCACUACCCUUGAACAACACUGUAAUGUUUAUUUCAUUGGUUUUAUAUCUUUUUUUUUUUCUCCCGUCAAGUUGUUGUUCAGUUCCCCCAUACUGUUGUUGUUUUUUUUUCAUAUUGACUGUGAUGUAUUUGACUCAUAAUCCCUCAUACCCGCCCAUCCUCUUCUUCAAGUGUGUAUUAACCAGUAACGUUUGUGGUUUUGCUGAUGGUUUGAUGAAAAAGACUAGUAGACAAAAGGAAGAGAGAAAGUGAGAUGGGUGUCAGUUGAUCUGGCUGGUCAUUAUUACCAUUGCUUCCUUUUGAAAUAUAUGGGACAACACAACACUAAUGAAGAUGGGAGCAUUUCAAGAUUGAAAAAGAAAUAAAAAGAAUGUUGAACCAAUCAAA